CAGGGAUCCGGAGGGACUGGUCGCGGCAGCGGCAGCCCGACGGCGAGAAGGUCCUUGCAGGGGAAGCCCUGCGGCCGCGGCUCGAGAGCGCCCUCCCCUCGCGCGCUUGGCCCUCCAGUGGUGGCCGGGUUAUUUCGGACUAGGGCGCCCCCCGACCCGGUUCUGGAUCAGGCCGGUGGGGAGCCUGGUGGGCCCGGGAGCUGCUAUUUUUAGCCGGGCGCGAGGAGCCUAUUUUUAGAUCAAACAAUCCGCGCUCCCUGCGUCAAUGGAACCCCGCGUGCGUCACGCGCGCAGACAUUCCAGGCCCCCCCUUCGCCCCGCCCCCUCGGGCUCCCCGGUCCUGCGCCUCCCCCUGGCCGCCUCCCGCCGGAACCGCGCCGCCCCCCGCGCCCUUGUAUGGCCAAAGCUUGCCGGGCCGCGUGCGUCAGUGGCGCCCCCGCCCCUCCCCGUGCGUCACGGAGCGCUUAAGAGGAGGGUCCGGCGCUCCCGGGGAGCCCCAGUGGCAGAGCCUACGAAAGUUCGGGGAGCGUGCGGAACGGAUUGCAGGAGCACACGCGGGAAGCAAAGCUGCGAUUCGGGCGGCUGGUCCGGGACAGGGCGAGCCGAGGGCGAGCUGAAGCCGGUCGGAUAUGCCCUGUAUCCAAGCCCAAUAUGGAACAGCGGCGCCAAGCCCAGGACCACGUGACCACCUGGCAGGAGACCCCCUGACCCCCGAGUUCAGCAAGCCCACCAUGGACCUGGCCAGUCCCGAGGCGGCCCCUGCCGCCCCCACUGCCCUGCCAAGCUUUAGCACUUUCAUGGAUGGCUACGCGGGAGAGUUUGACACCUUCCUCUACCAGCUGCCGCCGACGGCCCAGCCUUGCUCCUCGGCAUCCUCCUCCUCCUCCUCCUCCUCUUCGGCCUCCUCCACCUCCUCGUCUUCAGCCACGUCCCCCGCCUCUGCUUCCUUCAAGUUCGAGGACUUCCAUGUGUAUGGCUGCUACCCCGGCGCGUUGAGCGGCCCCCUGGACGAGACCUUGUCCUCCAGUGGCUCAGACUACUAUGGCAGUCCCUGCUCAGCACCGUCACCAUCCACCCCUAGUUUCCAGCCCCCCCAGCUCUCUCCCUGGGACAGCUCCUUCAGCCACUUCUCCCCUAGCCAGACUUACGAUGGCCUCCGGGCAUGGACAGAGCAGCUGCCCAAGGCGUCGGGGUCUCACUCCGUUGCACCGCCACUGCCCACAGCACCGGCCUUCUUCUCCUUCAGCCCCCCGGCUGGCUCCAGCCCCAGCCCCAGCCUGGCCCAGAGCUCCCUGAAGCUAUUCCCGUCGUCGCAGGCCACCCCCCAGCUCCGAGAGGGGGAUAGUUAUUCCAUGACGGGGGCUUUCCCAGGCCUGGCGCCCACCUCCCCACAUCUUGACAGCUCGGGGAUGCUGGAUGUGUCUGCAACUUCAGCCAAGGCCCGAAGUGGGGCCUCCGGAGGCAGUGAGGGCCGCUGCGCGGUGUGUGGGGACAACGCCUCCUGCCAGCAUUAUGGUGUCCGUACCUGCGAAGGCUGCAAGGGCUUCUUCAAGCGCACAGUGCAGAAAAACGCCAAGUACAUCUGCUUGGCGAACAAGGACUGCCCUGUGGACAAGAGGCGGCGGAACCGCUGCCAGUUCUGCCGCUUCCAGAAGUGCCUGGCUGUGGGCAUGGUGAAGGAAGUUGUCCGGACGGACAGCCUGAAAGGACGGCGGGGCCGGCUGCCUUCAAAACCCAAGCACCCACCUGAUGCCACUCCUGCCAAUCUCCUUACUGCGCUGGUGCGGGCGCACCUGGACUCAGGGCCUAGCACAGCCAAGCUGGACUACUCCAAGUUCCAGGAGCCGGUGCUGCCCCGCUUCGGAAAGGAGGACGCCGGGGACGUGCAGCAGUUCUACGACCUGCUCUCUGCGUCCCUGGAGGUCAUCCGCAAGUGGGCCGAGAAGAUCCCUGGCUUUACCGAGCUGUCGCCGGGCGACCAGGACCUGCUGCUAGAGUCGGCGUUCCUGGAGCUCUUCAGCUUCCGCCUGGCCCACCGGUCUAAGCCGGGUGAAGGGAAGCUCAUCUUCUGCUCUGGCCUGGUGCUGCACCGGCUGCAGUGUGCCCGUGGCUUCGGCGACUGGAUCGACAGCAUCCUGGCCUUCUCGAGGUCCCUGCACGGCCUUGCGGUCGAUGUCCCUGCCUUUGCCUGCCUCUCUGCUCUUGUGCUUACCAACGAGCGGCAUGGGCUACAAGAGCCCUGGCGGGUGGAGGAGCUGCAGAACCGCAUCCUCAGCUGUCUGAAGGAGCACCUGGAGGCCGUGACGGGAGAGCCCCAGCCGGCCGUGUCGGGAGAGCCCCAGCCAGCCAGCCGUCUCUCCCGUCUUCUGGGCAAACUGCCUGAGCUGCGAACCAUGGGUAAACAGGGCCUACAGCGUAUCUUCUACCUCAAGCUGGAGGACCUGGUGCCCCCUCCGCCCAUCGUGGACAAGAUCUUAAUGGACAUGCUGCCCUUCUGACCCCAGCACCAGCACCUGCAUGCACACACGAGCGUGCGCGUGCUCGGACACCACCCCAUGUGCCUUUAGUCCACGGACCCCCCUCCCUUUCUGCUGAACCUGUGGGAGCCUGGGCUCGAGCUGCAGGCUGGCCCACCUCCUCACGCGCCCCAGAGGCUGCACAGGGGAGCUCAUGCCCUCGGGAGGGGCGUGCUUUCACGGGGGCGACCCCACUAUCUGUCUUACCCCUGCUCUGGCCUUCAUGGUGGUUUUUUUUUUUUUUUUUUUUUUUGUAAGAUAAACCGUUUUUAACACACACCGCUGUGCUGUAAAUAAGCCAGAUGCUGUUGUAAAUACAGGAAGGAAGAGGUUGAGGUGGGAGUGGGGGUUGGGAGGGAAGGAACGGGGCCCCCCAGCCUGGGCCAGCCUUCUGCUGUGUAUGCUCCCCCACUCCCUGCCCUCUUUCCACGUGUACAUAGACUGUCACUUGAGAGAGAAGCCAAAUGAAAAAUCAUGACAUUUAUACUUGUGUAUUUUUCUUGGAUUUGUAGUAUGUGACUUUUCUGAUUAAUAUAUUUAAUAUAUUGAUUAAAAAAUAGACCUGUAGCUGGAA